AUGGGGUUAAAUUCAGCACUUGUAGAGGAAUUUAAAUCCAACAUGAUGGGCACUUUCGAAAUGACAGACUUGGGGUUACUGCAAUAUUUUAUGGGAUUGGAGAUAUUCCAAGAUGAAGAUGGGGUGUUUAUUUUCCAAAAGAAGUAUGUAACAAAUUUAUUGAAGAAGUUCAACAUGUCAAAUUGCAAGAUGAUGGCUACUCCAAUGAACAAGAAUCAAAAACUGAAGCAACAAGGAGUUGAAGCAGCAAAUCAAAGGCAAUUCAGAAGUUUAGUUGGUGGAUUGAUAUAUUUAAUACACACAAGACCAGACAUUUCAUUUUCAAUUGGUGUUGUGUCAAGAUUCAUGAGCAAUCAAUCAAAACAACAUUAUGGAGGAGCAAAAAGAAUCUUAAGGUACAUUGCAGGGAUAUUGAAUUAUGGAAUGUAG